UCAUGCUGUGUACUCGACAACAAGCAUUGAGAAACUUUAAAUAUUGCCUGCGUGAAAGGCAUUACGACCUGAGGCCCUAUAACAUACGUAAACAAACCUUGCAACGCCGACACCACUGCGUUAGUAGUCGGCAGGUUUACUACUGAGAAAUUCAUUCCAACGAAGCUGUGCGCCUGGGUACUAAUUAUGUUGUCUCGAAGAUGGUUCCACCCAAACAUUUCUGGGAUGGAUGCAGAGAAGCUCCUCAUGGAGCGGGGCACAGACGGGAGCUUCCUGGCGAGACCUAGCAAGAGCAAGGAAGGGGACUUCACUCUGUCAGUCAGACGCAAUGGUGAAGUCACUCACAUCAAGAUCCAGAACACGGGGGACUUCUAUGAUCUGUACGGAGGAGAGAAGUUUGCCACCCUAGCAGAACUGGUGCAGAACUACAUGGAGAAGUACAGCCAGCUGAAGGAGAAGAAUGGAGAAGUCAUUGAGCUGAAGUACCCUCUGAUGUCAGAAGACCCAACCCCAGAGAGAUGGUUCCAUGGUCAUAUAUCUGGAAAGGAGGCAGAGAAAUGUUUGAUGGACAAGGGUAAAAAUGGCAGUUACUUGGUGCGAGAGAGCCAGAGCAAGCCGGGCGACUUUGUUCUUUCUGUCAGAUGUGAGGAUAAAAUAACACAUGUGAAGAUUCGAUAUCACGAAGGGAAGUACGAUGUGGGAGGUGGGGAGCAAUUCCAGACACUCUCAGAACUAGUCGACCAUUACAAGAAGAACCCUAUGGUGGAAACGUCGGGCACUGUCGUCCAUCUUAAAAUGCCGUUCAACGCCACAAGAAUCACAGCAUCUGGUAUCGACAAUCGCAUCAAACAACUCCAGGCUGAGAAGGAGAAUGACAAGAAUAAGGGAGGAUUCUGGGAUGAGUUCGAGCAAUUGCAACAACAAGAGGUUCGCCACCUGUACAGCCGAAAGGAGGGUAUGAGACCCGAAAACAAAGCUAAAAAUAGAUACAAGAAUAUUUUACCCUUUGACCACACAAGGGUGUUAUUGAAGGACUGUGACCCCAACGUCGUGGGAGCUGACUACAUCAAUGCUAAUCUAAUCACAGCUGAGGAGGACAGCCUGGAGCCGAAGAAGACGUACAUUGCCACCCAGGGAUGUCUCCCCCACACAGUCGCUGACCUCUGGCGAAUGGUCUGGCAGGAAAACUCUCGGGUCAUUGUCAUGACAACCAAAGAAGUUGAAAGGGGAAAGAACAAGGCUGUGCGAUACUGGUCCGAUAACUCUGAAAAAGAGCUUGUGAAACCCACGCCAAACGGCUGUGUCAAGGUGAAAGUAAUAAGCGAGGUCACUGAGACCGAUUACAUCACAAGAGAAUUGGAGGUCAGGAUGGUCGUGGAGGGACAGGAAUCGGAGCCCCGUCAGAUCUACCAGUAUCACUUCCAGACCUGGCCAGACUACGGCGUUCCCGGCGACCCCGGCAGCGUUCUCAACUUCCUCCAUGUUGUAAACGCCAGACAAGACAUGAUUGACGACAAAGCUGGGCCCAUCAUCGUCCACUGCAGUGCCGGCAUCGGGAGGACUGGCACGUUCAUAGUGAUAGACAUCAUACUCAACCAGAUCAAGAUGCAUGGUUUUGACUGCGACAUUGACAUUCAGAAGACGAUACAGAUGGUGAGGUCACAGAGGUCAGGCAUGGUUCAGACGGAGGCUCAGUACAAGUUCGUCUACAUGGCUGUAUGGCAUUACAUGGAGACGGAGAGACAGCGAUGGCAGGCGGAGCAGAAAAGCCAGAUGGCGGGGAGAGACUACACCAACAUUAAAUACGCCACGGGAUCUGAGAACAUGGCGCGUGCACGUAACUCCAUCCCCGCUAACUCCCUUCCGCCUCAAAUUGCCAAUACACGACUUCAAGAUAAAAAAGUUCCCAGGGCUCCACCAGACGAUGCCAACAAAGUGUACCAAAAUAUCAGCACAAUUGACACUGGCAAGUCUGGGAAGAGAUGAGAUAUGCUGUCUUAGCUCGUCUCUGUGUCUCAUGUUGCUGCGCUCACCUUUUGCGAUUUCCAUGGUAACCAUGCACGUUGCUUUCAUCUUGCGUUACCUUCAAAACUGAGACUCGUUUUCAAGUCCUGAAGACUCAACAGUGAUUGUGUCCAAUAGGAAACUAUUCAAUAAUAGUAUUGUUGAUGAAGUGCUAAUAAUAUGGCAUCACAUAUUUCUGUCUUUCAUGGCUCAUGCCUGGAGCAUGAGAUGAAAGGUCAAGGCCAUUGUGGUCAAGGCCAUUGGUGAUCAGGGUCACUGAAGGUCAAGGCCAUUGGUGGUCAAGGUCAUUGGUGGACAAGGCUAUUGGUGGUCAAGGUCAUUGUUGACGUCUGGUCAUUAAUUCAUCUUUGUUUUAUUUGUUAUUGUUUUCCCUUGGUGUUUCCGUAUGAAACUGAUAAGGUUAUGAAUAUGAAACUGUACAUAGUUUGUCACCAUCGCUUUCUGCGAAAUUGUAAAUAUUCAGAGAUGUUUUUGCCAGUGUUGAACACAGGAAGUGCACUCACCUGAUGACACUACAAAGUUCAGAUAUACCUGUGAUACCAACAUAUAUGAUGUUUGUGGAAGGCUGAAAAAAUGAAAUAGUUGGUUCUCAGGCAUUGACAUUCAAAAUGAGACGGUCAGAAAUCGGUACCAAGUGUCUAUAUUGUCUAAUGGUAUGAUUUAGUCACCGUGCAAUGAUAACUUGUCGAAAUUGUUUUUCCAGUGAAGCGCGAGUUGUCAUUGGAUUUUUUUAGUCAGAAAUCCACCAUGAUAUAGCAUUAUGUUUAGUUAAUAAUAUGGUCAAUUUUUCGUGACUGUUUAAUCAAUUGUAGACGUUGCAAAGCAAAGGAUGUUUCACUAUUAUUGGCCAUGCCUGAGAAUCAAGUGUUGUUUUUAAGCCUAAAAAAAACAAUAAACUAAUAAUUCUGUGAUGCCAACAUGUUUUAGAAGGUCAGUGUUUUUUGUCUCCAAAAAGUGCUGUUGUGUUGUCAUUCAUGAACUUUUAUUGAUACAAUAAUAAUAAUAAUAAUAAUAAUAAUAAUAAUGAAAGAUAAUAAUGAAAGAUUAUGUGGGCAUUGUACAAACAAUACGAUUGGUUAAAAAAUUUGGCUAAAUUGGAAUCUAACAUUUCUGGUUAUUCGUGGUGUAUGGAAAGUGUGUUCUUGCUAAAUAUUAUUUCAUUUCUCUCCCAAAAUCGAAAAAACUCCAUUUAUUCAGUUUUAUUCUGUAGAAAAUCUCACCUUUGCUUGAUUUUUGCUCAGCAUUCUACAAACUAGACAGUUUAGUUGUCACAGAAACAUAUGUAAUUUUUUUGUAUGUACAACUUUUGUAUGUUCAAUGUCUAUAGACAUGAGUUGUUUCAGAUUGGAGGGUUUUAGUGAGUAAUUUGAGCUGGGAUAGUUGAAACAUCCAUCUAAAAGUGUCAGUCUCAAGUACAAUUACUGUAUAGGAUAUAUUCCAAAACACCCUGAAAAUCUGGUCAUCGCAUAACCUCAGAAAAUCUGGUCAUCCCCUAACCUCAAAGCUUUCCUUCAAUUCUAAGAAAAAGGUGACAAUUGUAACCAUAGUAACUGUCUCAUUGAUAAGGGGGAGGUCGAGUGGCCUAGUGGUUAAAGCAUUUGCUCGUCACGCUGAAGACCCGGGUUCAAUUCCCGACAUGGGUACAAUGUGUGAAGCCCAUUUCUGGUGUCCCCCACCGUGAUAUUGCUGGAAUAUUGCUCAAAGCAGUGUAAAAACAAACUCACUCACUCACUCACUGACUGAACAAUCAUCAGUUGCACAGGAUCUCGCUAAAAAAUCAACCAAUCAAAAUGGCUCAUUUAACACAACAGAUGAACAUUCAAAAUGGUCCGAUGAUGUAUUUAAUCAAAUGAGAAGACUGUUAUGAAGGUAUUUACAGCAGGGAAGGGAAGUCAUUAUGCUUCAGUGAGUGAGUGAGUGAGUGCUUUUAUAUUUAAAGUCACAUCGGCAAUAUUUCAGCCAUAUAGUGAUACAUCAAAUUAUACAAUACAGAAAUUUAGAAUACAAACCUGUCGACAAAGGACAGUAAAAGACCUAGAUUAUUACAGAUAUAGGUUUAAAACUAGUAAAUGACCAUAAAAUUGGACUACUCAUAACAAUACAAUAUAACAGUGGGCUAUAUAUCACUGGCAACGAAAGGUAGGCCACCAUCCUAGGGACCAUGGGGACUUACAGUACCUUGGCUACCUGCAUUGACCCCAGCAGGAUUUACACCAUCCCUAUAGUCACUGGUGAUUAUAAAGAAGGUUAGCCAAAGAUUAAAACAAACAAAUAUUCUACGAUUAAAACCAAUCUCAUUCAAAUCAGAUCUUAGUUCUCGCUACCGCCAAACAAAGAUCUGCGGACAUCACAUUAGGGGUCACGUCAGAAUGACCUUUCAUCCGACCAAUCAGAGUGUCGCUUACCAGAUCAUGAAAGUGACUUCGGGAUGUGAAUUCUAAUAAUGCAACCUUGAAAACUUUAACACGGGGUAUUCCGAACGAUAGUUACGGGUUUCAUGACUGAAUCCAUACAAUCUAGACCAUCUAUUAGCCAUUCCAGAAUGUUCUUUUGUUCAGGUUUCAAAUUUGUAAUCGAGAAUUAUUCAAAAUAUGUUGGCAAUUACUGGUCAAGAGGUUUUUAUUUAAUUCAGUGAUCUAGAUACAGAUCUGCAAAUGCAUUUUUUGAAUAUCAGUGUUACUCAAUAAUGAUGACAGUGUGUGUGAGUGUCGCCUAUAUCAGGCCAGGGGGCACGGCUGGCCCAGUCGUCUAAGGCGCCGUGAUUCACUGUGCAGAGUUGCGUCCCUUAGGUACGCCAGAAACCUAUGAUUGUUUCAUUCCAAAGCCUGUCGAAAAUACUGCCAUACAAUCUCAGCCUUCUAUUAGUCAUGCCAGAAUUUUCAAAGCGUAGUCUGUACUGGAAGCCACCAGUUUGAAACAAGUGCCGUAAAACUCGUGAAAGCUUCUUUUUCUUUGGGUUAUGUCGGCUUCUUUUUAGUCAUUUCAUUGGUCGUCAAAAUUUGCGAAAGGUCGAACUGACAUGACCUGUUAUGGGAUAUCCUCAGGUCUAGUGUAAGGGUAGCGAGAACUAAGAUCUGAUUUUUAUGAGAUUGAAAUUGGGUCAGAAUGUAGUGUAUUUAGAAUUCUUUCAGUAAAAUCUUGACACAACACAACAUGCCGAUGAUAUUUAAAAAACUAACUAGUAAGAAGUCAUGUUAUUUUUAACCAAGAUACAAUAUGUAUGAGUAAGCCCAAUGUCAAGAUUGUUUUUUGUGUUUUCCGGUUUCAUGUUGUGUCGUGUUUGUGGUGUACCCCGUGGUAUGUUGUGUCGUGUUCGUGGUGUACCCCGGGGUAUGUUGUGUCGUGUUCGUGGUGUACCCCGGGGUAUGUUGUGUCGUGUUCAUGGUGUACCCCGGGGUAUGUUGUGUCGUGUUCAUGGUGUACCCCGGGGUAUGUUGUGUCGUGUUCGUGGUGUACCCCGGGGUAUGUUGUGUCGUGUUCGUGGUGUACCCCGGGGUAUGUUGUGUCGUGUUCAUGGUGUACCCCGGGUUAUGUUGUGUCGUGUUCGUGGUGUACCCCGGGUAUGUUGUGUCGUGUUCGUGGUGUACCCCGGGGUAUGUUGUGUCGUGUUCAUGGUGUACCCCGGGGUAUGUUGUGUCGUGUUCGUGGUGUACCCCGGGGUAUGUUGUGGCCAUAUCUUAUCGCCUGUUUGCUUGGUAAGGCUUAAAAAAAUAAUAGUCUUGGUUCUCAGGCACCGCCCGCUUCAUCACAAAGUCGGCAAUAUGUUUUGUUUUUAUUUCCAUUUUCAAAAAAAUAUAAAAAACCUUAUACUUAAAAAGCAAUGCGAUCCAAUACGGCACACAGUUACUUCCCUUGACGUGUGCACUGCUUUACUGCACGUCUCGUGUUAUGGUCAUGGCGGCAAUUGGAGUUUGUAUGCUUGUUUGUGUAGGGAGGCCCUUUCCCAGGUUGAUGGAACACAAUUGGUUUGGUAACAUACUAGUUUGAACAAGCAAAAACACAAAUAACCGCCCACCCGCACUAUAUUUUUAAAAGUCAUUGCCUGAGAACCCAUUCUUUUAUUUUUUUAAGCCUUAUUCUGUAUAUUUUCUCUUGUUUUUUGUUACAUUUUCCUUCCAAGACUUUGGUAUUAAGUUCAGCUUUAGUAUUUAUUCUAGUUAAUUUCCUUAUUUGUAGUCUUUAUAGUUAAGGAUGUCUGCUGGUUUUUAGAGUAUUUAAUUUCUGAGAUGUAUGUUUCUAAAAUCUCCCCGCCGUGAUAUUGCUGGAAUAUUGCCUAAAGCGACGUAAAACCAUACUGACUCACUCACUCACUCUAAUAUCUCUUCUUUUAUAUUUCUAACUGUUCAAAUGAAAAAGGAUGAGGUUAGUGUCCCUUUUAAUACGCUAGGUGCACAAACAACCGUGUCAAAUCCUCACUUAACUGCAGGAGGGGCGGUCGGGUAGCCUAGUGGUUAAAGCGUUCGCUCGUCACGCCGAAGACCCGGGUUCGAUUCCCGACAUGGGUACAAUGUGUGAAGCCCAUUUCUGGUGUCCCCCGCCGUGAUAUUGCUGGAAUAUUGCUAAAAGCGGCGUAAAACCAUACUCACUCACUCACUUAACUGUAGGAAAAUUGUUGACCAUUAUUAGUUUUAAAAAGAGUACGGUACUAUUAAAAGUAUUUAACUUUUUGAAAUAUUUUAAUCAAAUAUGGAUACAUUUAUCUGUAAAACAUUUAUCUGUAUCAUUAUAUUGAUGUGUAUUUGUUUUGCAAAUUAAUAAAAUGCCACAUAUACAUAUUCCUCUAAAAUACACCAACAUGAACAACAGUGCUUUGACUUAAUGACUACCGUAAUGUUCUUAGGUCGUACGGAUGGCUCGGUUGUCUAAGGCACCACAAUUCGCUAUGCAGAGCACGCCAGAAACCUAUGAUUGUGGGUUCAAAUUCUGGUUCCCUGAUUAUGUUUCUAGGUUUGUCAGCACCAUACCCGUGCUCGUGGGUUUCACCAAGGUGGUAAACGUCUGAGACCUGCAUCACUUCGGGCUUUCCUCCCACAUUAAGCUGACACGCCGUCAUACGCCGUUCUCAACUUCACUGCUUCAUAUCGGUGAUAAAUUGAUUUACAUUAUGUUGUAAGAAACACUACCGUACACGACACGUUGUGCAGUGAUUACAAAAUAAUACCUGCAGACAUCCUUAAAAACCCCAUGAUGAAUAUUGUUCGUGUUUCAACUUUUUGUAAGGUCAGAUCAAUUUAAUUUCAUAUUUUGCAGAUCUUGGUCAAUUUGCUUAGACACAGGAGCAAAGUAAAAAAAAAAUAUCUUCUUUUUUAAAAAUUUAGAGUAAGCUCACCUGUUAAAUACAGAAAUUACAAUUGGUCUGGCCCAAGCUAAGAAUGGUGUGAUGAUAGAUCUAAGGCACAUUUAUCGACCGAGUAUUUUGGUCGGUUCUAAGAACCUGACCCUUAGUACUUAGGUUUGGUUCUGAAGGAGAAAAAGGUCCUUCAAAGCAAGAAAGUCGAUGUGUUUAUAUGAAGAGUUUAAAUGUUUGGUAAAGUCGUGGUGUUCCACACACAUGGAUGAUUGUGUACUGUAUUUCCUCUAUUAGACGCUGGGCCUCUAAUAGAAGCCGGGUCAAUUGUUCAGUGCAAAAAAUAGAAGCCGGGCCUCUAAUAGACGGAUAUCUAUGAAAACAAAAUAUUUCCAUUUCGUGACGGUUCGGGACAUUCGUGGUCAUAGUGAAAUGGGGGUAUUAAUAGAAGCCGGGUCAAAGGCUUGUCCGAAAUAAAUAGAAGCCUGGGCGUCUAAAAGAGGAAAUACGGUAUGUACUGUAUAUAUCGAAGUCCUGAGUUUCAUGAUCUAUCUUGUACCAUGGUGUCACGGCAUUGUCACACAACAGGGAUCAUCUCAAAAGUG